UCCUGGGAAUGGGAUGGCAGUUCUUCGGAGGAAGCAAAGCAAAGCUCUUAAUAACAUUCGUCUCUUGUCCGUGUUGCGAAUUUGCGAUUCUACGCGACGUCACAUCGCACGCAACAUCGUCUCAGCGCACGCCACGUCACCGGGUCUUCUCUCUACCAACCUUCCUUCCUCCUCCACCGGCCGUACGUUUGUUGCUCUGUCGGUGAGUUCAUCAGCCAUUAAGCCUCAGCUUCAGUGGAGGAGUAAUUAGUUGCCACAAGGCGCAGCGCAACCUAAGGCUCCUCUCCCGCCGGCUAGACCCCAAGAAACAUGCCGGCGGCGCCUCCUUAAUUGGAGGAGAUCAGGAACGGCGAGCUCAAGCCUCCAGCUAGCUACCUGUCAUCACGGCAUCACCACAUAUCUGUCAUUCAUCAUUUGUGCUUUGAGUUCAGUACAAGAUAAUGAGGCUGGCAAGUGUAAACGGCCUGAGAUUCAAGCACGUCAGGCUUGUGAUCCUGGCUGUCUUCACGGUGUUCCUUCUCUGGAAAUGGGAGAAAGGGUCACUGUACAGUAUCGAUUUCCUCCGGCCGGAGCCAUUGGUCUUGAAUCGAAAUACCUCCAAUGAAGAAGGUUUCUCCGUUACCCAUCCGUUGGUGCGGCCAGUCGCUGAAAUACGAAAGGAAGCCACUUCUGCACCUCCACCUCUAAGCAUAAUUCGUGACGUCGAAGAUGUCGCUGAUAAAAAGAAAGCAGCAGCUCCUCAGAAGAAAGAAUGUGACUACAAGAAUGGACAAUGGGUUCCUGAUGAUCAUAGGCCACUAUAUUCUGGUCUCAGAUGUAAAAGAUGGCUCUCUGAGAGCUGGAAUUGCAGAUUGACGCAGCGCAAAGAUUUCGCUUACGAGAAAUUUAGAUGGCAGCCCGAAGGCUGCAAGAUGCCAGUCUUUCAACCAGCCCAAUUCUUGAGAAGAAUGCAGGAUAAAACCAUUGCUUAUGUAGGCGACUCUUUAGGGAGGCAGAUGUUCCAAUCGAUGAUGUGUAUGGUUGCCGCAUCUCAGAAAGAUCAUUCAGAUAUAGAAGAUGUUGGCUCCAAAUAUGGAUUGGUUCUCAAACAACGUGCGAAACGACCAGAUGGCUGGGCCUACCGAUUCCGAAGAACGAACACAACAAUCCUGUAUUACUGGUCAUCAACGCUUUGUGAUCUGGAGCCUCUCAAGCCAUCGAAUCCAGCUGCCGGUUAUGCCAUGCACCUUGAUCGUCCACCUUCAUUUCUUGACAGGAACCUUCACAGGUUCCAUGUCCUGGUUCUGAACACUGGACACCAUUGGAAUCGUGGUAAACUGAAGGCGAACAAGUGGGAAAUGUAUGUCUCCGGAGCACCAAAUAACAACCGAAAGACCGCUGUCAUCUGGAAAGCUAAAAACUUCACCAUACACAAUGUGAUCAAGUGGCUGGACGCAAAGCUUCCUAGCUACCCCCAUCUGAAGGUCUUCUACAGGUCAUUGUCACCAAGGCAUUUCUUCAAUGGGGAGUGGGACACUGGAGGCACUUGUGACAACACAGAUCCUUUGGCCAUGGGGAACAAAGUAUUUCAGAAUCAUUCUGAAGAUGCUGACGCUGAGACAGCAGUCAAAGGCACCAGGAUCAGGCUCUUGGAUAUUACCGCGCUUUCACGCCUAAGGGAUGAAGGGCAUGUAUCAAGGUACAGUAUCAGAGCUACACCAGGGGUUCAGGAUUGCUUGCACUGGUGCCUCCCUGGUGUUCCAGACACGUGGAAUGAGAUCCUGGCCACUCAAUUAUAGGCAGCUAUCUGCUGCUGCCAGCGCAGGAAAACCUAACAUUGAGCUUAGAUUGUUUUGAGAAGCUCUUCUCAUCUCAAGUUAUGAUCUGAGAAAGGUCUUUUGAUCAUCAUGUAAUACUCUAUGUGCGGCAGUACAGUUCAAGAACAUUCUAUUCAUCUAUGAUGGAAGUACAGUUCAAGAA